GGGCAUCCUUCACCGAUGGCAGCCAAUACAGGUGCAACUCUAUUGCGACUGUUGGCAACACACCGACUAGUCAAGAUGAAGAUGCCCUCGUUAGGGUGGGCCUAUAUGAGGAGACACCUCCUCGGGAACUCAUCGAAACACUAAUGAACAUAUACUUCGCCAAAAUCCAUCAGGUAACACCCCUGCUACAUCGCCAGAGAUUCAUGGCAUCCCUCUUCCUGCCGGACCAUAUGAAGCCUCCAAUGUGUCUUCAAUACAUCGUCAUGGCAUCUGCCGCUGAGACAUCUGACGCCUACCGCCACCUGGGCAUGAUAUUCUACAAGCGUGCCAUAAAAUAUCUUCAAAGUGACGAUUUGGGUGACCUCAGUGAAAGCUCAAUAUCUCUAGGACAUGUACAAGCUCGGGCUGAAAUAUCGUGCUUCGAAGCCGAGCACUCUAUGUUUUCAAAGGCUUCUAUAACACUUUGUUCUGCCAUUAGAGCUGCACAGAUGCUAAACCUGCAUCAAGUUGACAUAACCAGACCGGAUAGGGGCCAACAUGUUGACUGGAUAGAAGUUGAAGAACGACGUCGCACAUGGUGGACCAUAUUCUGCUAUGAUCGGUUUACUUGUGCCACGACUGGAUGGCCGGCGCUUAUACAUGACCAGAAUAUCAGAACUCGACUUCCAGCCUCAGAGGAAGCUUAUGCGAACGGUCAGGAAGAGCACACGCGCUUCCUAGGAGACCAAUUACUCGAGUCUGAACCACACUCUACAUUUGCGGGAGCAGUGCUUGCAGCGCACAUCUUCCACCGCACUAUAGAACAUACUGGAACGAAUAACAGCCAGGAUCAAGAGUCUCAGGACUUCAAAGGAGACCUGUACUGGCAGAGACAUAAAAGCAUUGACAAUGAUCUCAAGUUCAUGUUAUUGAUGCUGCCAAAGAAUCUGUGUCUUCCUGCCAACUACAGGACUCACAACGCCAUUUUUGUCAACGUCAUGUUACAAACGGCCACUAUCUGCCUUCAUCGAGCAGCUUUGUGGAGGAUGAAGUCGAAUUUACAGGGGCUACCGAGUUACCUGAUCCGACUAUCUCAAGAUCGGUUGCUUCCAGCAGCGGAAGAGAUACUCACCAUUUUUAGAAUGAUACCCGAUCUUGGUGCGACUUUUACUAACCCCCUUAUUUGUUUUGCUGCAUAUAUGGCUGCUCUAGUAUUCAUGGCAAGCACAUCUCCGAUAGACCCUGAUGGAGAACAUGGGCAGAAUCUAGACUUCAUACUCAAGAUCUUGGUUGCUUUUGGUAAUAAAAAUCUCGUUGCUAAUGCCUUGGCGAAUGAAAUUGUCAAGGAAAUGAAGCAAUGCGGUAUCACAUCUCGUUCCAUGAACAAGGUCAACUUACAAGAGACGCCACUAGAUAUUCCAUUACUCGCUACGCAGCGUCUAUAUUCCUGUCAACAGAGUUCAUGCUCUUGAGGGUGCUGGUAGACAGAUAUCCUGGAUAUCACAUUCUCAAGAUCAUCGGAUAAGACCUCGAAGAUUAACACCACUAUUAUUACAACCCUAAUGACAAUUACGACUGUAUCUUCAGCCUCAUAAUAUGCAAAGAAACGGGACUCAGACAGACCACCCUGACAACCAUCUCAACUAUUUGCGAGCAAAGUCGCUUUCUGUCUCAAGCCAAGUUCCGAAUGUCAUCAACUCGGGGUACUCCUUUCUUAACGCCUUCAAAUUCGCACCGAAACCCUGGUCCUUGAACCACUUGAACAUAUAACCCAACUCCUUGACCAUCGCCAUUAUUGGGUAAACAACAAGACUAUAGGUGUAUGGAAGAUCGCGGCCCGUCUUCUCCUUGAAGAUUCUUUCAAAUUCCUCGAGCGUCAGUUCGUCACCUGCAAGUGACACGGCGCGACCCGCGUAUUUCUCAGGCUCAAGGAAAGCUUGUGCGCCAGCGACGCCCACAUCGGUCACUGUGACGAGUUGAAGAGGUUUAUUCUUGACAACCAGCUUCCAUGCUGUGACGAAGGACCUUCCUAGGAAAUUGUCCGUCAAGUUCUCCAUGAAGGCCACAGGUCGAAUGAUGAACCAUUGCAUAUCAGUACCAGUGGUACGGGAAAUCAAGUGCUUCUCAAUCUCGUGCUUUGUAAUAAAGUGAGGAACUUGAGUUGGAUUGUGCAGAGAGUCUUCGCCGUGUCGGUCAACUGAAGUGUAGACAAAGAACUUGACCCCAGCAUCCAAUGCAGCAUCGACAAGACCCUUUCCUUGGGCUACUUCAGCGCCAUCUCCUUGACCCAUAGGGGACUAGUGACAAGAUCAUGUUAGCAUCUCAAUUCUGCCCAUCAAUAAGGGGGCGUACUUACCUGAACACUGAAAACUCCCCAGAUAGGUUGUUUUGUAACUUCACCAGCAUUUUUGAAGAUUGUGGUGGCGUCAGAUAAGUCUCCUUGUACAAGCUUGAUGUUGGAUGAUUUCUUGAGGAGCUUCUGGGCUGAAGGAGAAUUGGGGUUUCUGCUGACAGCGAGAAUCUCCACAUCGGCAUUCUGCUUGACGAGUCGGUCAAGAACAGCACCGCCUUGUUUUCCGGUUGCCCCAGAUAUGAGAAUCGUUCGUG